AUGGCAGGCUCUCGCAAAGGUUUAAAAAUCUUUGCUGCUGUCACUGGCAUUCUCCUCAUUGUCAUCUUAGUUGUUCUAGUCGUUCUGUUCGUUACAAUCUUUAAACCCAAAGAACCUUCGAUCUUCACCAAGCCGGUGACCCUAGAAAGCUUUGAAUUGGUAGUUACUCCAGUGGUAAGGUUGAAUGUAUCAAUUGGAAUAUUGAUCACAGUGAAAAAUCCAAACUAUGGAGGCUUUAAGUAUGAAAACAGCACAGCUCAUAUCAGUUAUCGUGGGAAUGUCGUCGCUGAAGCUCCGAUCGAAGAAGACACAAUUCCAGCCCGUGCGACUCAUAACAUCACCUCUUCUGUGAGUAUUUUAGCUGAUAAAUUGGUUACUGAUACCCAUUUUAUGGGUGAUGUGAUUUUGGUUGGGGUAUUGAAUUUUACUUCAGAAACCACCCUGCAUGGCAAGGUGAGCUUGUUGAAGGUCUUUAAGAUGAAGGCAACUAGUUAUAGCGAAUGCAACAUCUCUAUCACGAUCAAAACCCAGAGCGCUGACUCCGUUUGUAAAUCCAGGGUAGAAUUGAAGAAAUAA